AUGAGAAAAUUUGCAUCUGUUCUUUCCAAUGACUUGGUGCUAGAAUGCAAGGGGGCCAUGCUGAAUAGAGAUAUGGACUUCUCCAAACUGUCAGUCAACAUUCAACAGAUAAAGGAUCAGAAGAAGAAGAAGGUGGCUGAGAUAAGGGAAAAGGAUGGGCAAGCCAAGAGGGCUAGGCUAGAGAAAUCAUCCAGGAAGAUAUCAGUUUGGCGACAUGGUAAUGUUGGGGUAGCUAAGUCACAAACUAAUUCCUCUGCUCCGCCACUGCCACCCCAGGGUGCCUCUUCAGCUACCAAAAGCUGUCGUAAUCAGUUGUAUGCUUUGAUAAACCGCCAGGAGGCAGAAGUCACAUCAAACGUGGUCACGGGUACACUACAAAUUUUCUAUUAUGAUGUGUAUGUGUUGCUUGAUCCUAGUUCUGCCCUGUCUUAUGUGACCCAAUAUAUGGCCGUCGAUUUUGGGUUUGAGCCCGAUGUAAUUACAGAAACUUUCUCUGUUUGCACUUUG